UCAAGUGAACAUUGGUAAAACAUGUUUGGAUAGAUGCGUUUCGAGAAUUGUUCCGUUUGAGCUGAACUGCAGUGUAUGAUUGAUUAUUACGAAGUAAAGAUGCAAUCGCUUAACGCUUAUUUGCUUCUCGUGUGCUGCAUUUCAGUUCAUUCAUCACAUGCUUUCUUUGGCCUAUCUAUCAAUGGAUAUUACGCUCCAUCGUCAACAAUCGCCACCAGCUGCUCCAAUACCGUUACAGCGUACAACUCUCUUCGGUCGGCAAUAAGCAGCCUUCGCAACGAACCUUAUGUGUCACUGAAUUUAAGGAUCGUGUCGGAUAGUUUCUUUGUCAGUUACGACGGACUCGGCUCGCGUAUGCAGAACGUCUUUGCCUUCAUCCAAAAUGCUGCUAACAACAAAACAGCAACUACUGACAAUCUGUUCGUACAAAUCAACAACUCAAUAUCUAGCGCACUGGAUUUUAUCGCUACGAACAAUCGGACCGAGUGGGAGAAAAUUCUGGAUCCUUCACUGUUACAAGACUUUACCACCACAAACGCAUCUUUGCGUAACAUUUCUCAAAUCCUCAACGAGGACAUUUAUCCAAAACUGAUUUCUAUUGGACAGGGAUCCGUUACGCCAUCAACUGUAGCAGCCAGCAUUCCUCAAACUGUGCUGAACAGUUUCACUACAGCUAUAGAUCAGCUGCGCCAAACUGAGCAAACCACCGUACUUCCUUCCGUACGGACAGCAGUUUCAGCACUGCAAACCUCCAAUCAAAGAUUUGAUGCCUAUAUAUCCAAGAUGCUCUCCAGUUACGCAACGCUGGACACCAGCCUCAGUCAAUGUUGGACGUCUACAACUUCUCUGCCUGAUACGUUUACCACGACCACCAACCGUCUCUACGCUCCUGUAAACACCUCGGUCAACACUUUCAUCAAAGCCAUCAACAGUUACACCGAUCUCUACCUCGGAUCGUCCGCCAGUGAUAACACCGCCGCUGUCAACUUCUUGGCGUCAAGCUAUUUCAAUAACGCAUCUUCGCAAACAAGCAUGGUCGUAACGAAACUGGAUCAAUUCCGUUCACAAUACAGCGAACAAGUUCUAAGCACCACCAGCGUUAUGCUGACUAAGGGCUUCGAAGUUAUGCAAAGUGUUGCCAUGUCUGUGAUUCAGCAGACCAAACUUCCCAGUUGUGCCGGUCAGUUGACGCAGUCGUUCAUCGAUCGCUAUUCCGCUCUGCUGAGUUCAUUGCAGAACUGCUUUACCGGAGGUAAUUUUGAUCUGAAUCCACCAUUGCAGACGCAAAUGUCGGUAGCAUCCAACAUUCAAGCGGACAUACUGUACUACCUGACGAUUUUGAACGGGCUGUUGACUGGGGUGACGGAUGGCAGUACGGCCACGGCACGUAUUGCGGCGGAUUCUCGAGUCACUGCGUUUUUCAGUCAAUCGGCUGGUAUCAUACGGACGUUUAGUCAACAACUAGUGAACAUGUUCGUUCAAUUAAAUGCAGACUACAACCUCAUUGUUGGGCGUUCUAGCUACUGCCUGGCCAGUAAGGCCGCGGAAGCUACCUCGAUGGUGGACGAUUUUGGCAGUGCUUUCCAGCUGUGCUUGGAAAGCUAAUCUCAGAACUAAUCUCAGGGAAUCUUCAAUAGAAAUAUAGUUAACGAUAUGGUAAAAUUUCAAUGCAGUUUAUUAAAAGUGAAAAGCGUCCCAGGGGUUUUCAGGGAUCCCAAAGGUGGUCCAGGAGGUUUCAGGGACGUUCCGGGGAUAUUCAAGGGGUUCUAGGGAGUUUCAGGGUUGAUCCAUGGAGCUUCAGGGGAUGUCAUGGAAGUUCCAGGGGGUUUCUUCCGUGGAGUUUCAGGGAGGUUCCAGAGUGUGCCAGCGGGUUUCAGGAGUGUUCCAGGGAU